GGAUCAAUCAGGCCGAGGAGUUAAUUAUGUAAUGAGGGGGCAGGGGGUCGGGGCUAAUGAAACCGCCCAGGAGGGGAGGGUCCCCAGGUAUCCGGCCCCCUCUUGGACCCCCUUCGAGGCCCCAGGGGUCUCCACUGCGGCCCAGCACCAGGGCCCCCGAGAGGGGAGGGGCUGUGACCCUGGGCCUGGAAGGGGCCGAGCUGUGAGCUAUAAAGGGGACAUCUCUCAGCACCGGGCAACUCCAGGCAUUGUGGGACCUGAAGACAACAUGUACCAUCCCCGAGAGCUGUACCCUUCGCUGGGGACUGGCUACCGUCUGGGCCCCCCCCAGCCAGGGGCUGACUCCAGCUUCGCGCCUGCCCUGGCCGAGGGUUACCGCUACCCAGAUCUGGAUACCCCAAAACUGGACUGCUUCCUCUCUGGGAUUGAAGCUGCCCCUCGGUCGCUGGCAGCACCCCCAGCCCUGCCCCUGCUGCCCCCGGCCCUGGGCAGCGAGCCAGCCUCAGCAGCACCAGAGGCUGCCCCCUCGCUGCUCCCGGGGGUCAGCCUGAGCCUGGAGAACCAGGAGCUGUGGAAGCAGUUCAGCUCUGUGGGGACAGAGAUGAUCAUUACCAAGGCCGGCAGGCGCAUGUUCCCUGCCUGCCGAGUGUCUGUGUCCGGCCUGGACCCUGAGGCCCGCUACCUGUUCCUUUUGGACGUGGUACCAGUGGACGGGGCUCGUUACCGCUGGCAGGGCCGGCGCUGGGAGCCCAGUGGCAAGGCAGAGCCCCGCCUGCCUGACCGUGUCUACAUCCACCCGGACUCUCCAGCCACUGGGGCCCACUGGAUGCGCCAGCCUGUGUCUUUCCACCGUGUCAAGCUCACCAACAGCACACUGGACCCCCAUGGCCACCUUAUCCUGCACUCUAUGCACAAGUACCAGCCACGCAUACACCUGGUGCGGGCUGCCCAGCUCUGCAGCCAACACUGGGGGGGCGUGGCCUCCUUCCGCUUCCCCGAGACCAUGUUUAUCUCUGUGACAGCCUACCAAAACCCACGGAUCACACAGCUAAAGAUCGCAGCCAAUCCCUUCGCCAAAGGCUUCCGAGAGAACGGCAGAAACUGUAAGAGGGAGCGAGACGCCCGUGUGAAGAGGAAACUUCGGGGCUCAGAGUCAGUAACCACGGAGACCUAUGGGACUGGAGAUGCACCAGGGGGUCCCUGUGACUCCACCCUGGGGGGGGAUAUCCGAGACUCAGAUCUGGAGCAGACCCCAGCACCCCAGGAAGCAGCCCCUGCCCCACCUGCCCCCUGCAGCGGCCCCAGUGCAGAGGCCUACUUCCUGCACCCUGCAGCCUUCCAUGGGGCUUCCGGGCACCUCCCGACCAGGAACACCAGCUUCCCCGAGGCUCCAGACUCUGGGCGCCAAGCCCCCUACCCAGCUGCAUUUCUGGAGCUGCAGCCCAGCCCAGGGGCCUCAGGGUUCCCCACAGCUCCACCUGCACCAUCCUUUGCCCCACACUUCCUCCAAGGGGGCCCCUUUCCUCUGCCAUACCCUGGGCCUGGGAGCUACCUGGACGUGGGCUCCAAGCCCAUGUACUAACCCACGGCUUGGGUCCCUCUGCCUGCCCCCAUCUCCCACCACAAACAUCUAACCCCCUUCCCCCAGCACUUUAGCCCCCUUCUGCUGGCCCCACCCCCACACCAAAUGGCUGCCUUGGGUCUAGCCCCUGCCCCCCCACUUCACACUUUGAUUUCACUCCCACCCACCAGCGGCUUCAAAGCUCAGGCCAGGCUGCUGGAGUCCAGCUGGGGCCAGCUUCCCCUUCCCGGCUCUCACCUCGGUGUGAAUGGAGGCAGGCUGUGCCUGGCCAAAUGGGGCAUUCCCCCUCCCCCCCAAGGCAGGGCCGGAACGCACCUGGGCAAGUGCUACCUCCCCUCCACCCCCAUGGCCACCACGGGUGCAAGCCACACUAGGCUGUUCUCAGGACCAGAGUUAUUUUUGUUAAUAAAACUCAAAAGCCAUCAGUAUUCAGUUCUUUAUGGGCUGCAGCAUUUGGCCAGGGGGCUGGUUGUGGGAACCUUGGUUGGUGGUAGGGAGG